AUGGCAGACCAAAAAGAAGCCGCGAAGCAAAGCGGCGCCACGGAAUCCGUGCCAACGCAGCCUCCGGCGCAACAGCGCGUCGAGGAUAUUCCCGACCCAGACGAAGAUGAUUUGGACGACCUCGACGACGUCCUCGACGAAUUCUCUGCUACCAAGCUCGACGACUCCGCCGCGGACAAGCAAGUUCCCGCAACCCACGAUGCGCAAACUGCGCCUGCAGCAACAGCGAACCCGCUAGCCCCUGGUGCUGCUGGUGAGGAUGAGAUUGACGAAGAGGAAUUUGCCAGGCAGCUGCAGGCGGGUAUGGCGGAGCUGCUGGGCGGGUUGGGCGACUCGCCGGAGAUGACGCAACAGCUGGAGAGUCUGGUGAAGGAGCUGGGCAGCGGCGCCGCCUCAUCCACCACGUCGACGCCAGCGGCUAGUGGCAGUGGUAGUGGUGCGAAGGCGACGCCGGGUGCGACAGCAGGAAACAAGGCCGGCGAGGACAAGUUCCAAGAGCAGAUUCGGCGCACCAUGGAACGGAUGCAAGCAUCAGGCGAGCAGGCCAGCGCGGCUGCAGCCUCGUCAAGCGGCAACCCAGACGACAUUCUCGCGCAGAUGCUCGCCGAGAUGGAGAAGGGCGACUUUGGCGGCGACUUCGGGUCGGACGAGGACUUUAGCAAGAUGCUGAUGGGCAUGAUGGAGCAGCUAACGAACAAGGAGAUCCUGUACGAGCCCAUGAAGGAGCUGCAUGACAAGUUUCCGGACUGGAUGGCGAAGAAUAGGGACAAGACGGACAAGGCAGACUUGGAGAGGUAUGAGGAGCAACAGAGAUGCGUCAAAGAUAUCGUGGAGAGGUUUGAGAGACCUGGCUAUACGGACGACAGUACGGCGGAUAGAGAAUACAUUGUGGAGAGGAUGCAGAAGAUGCAAGCGGCGGGAUCACCGCCGCAGGACUUGGUUGGCGACAUGAGCUCAGCACAAGAGGCUCUGGGCGAGCUAGAUCAGGGCUGCGCGACACAAUAA